GCACCUUGUUUGGACAAUUGCGCGCCAUGAUAGAGGUAGCCAUGUCAGCCUCACGCGACAUAUCCGGCCCAUCGCCGGGCCCUACACAACAACCCCCGGCCUCAGCCUCCGAAGUUCACAGCCCCGCCUUCAGCAGCCAAAGUACCGAUGCAUCGACGUCAUCGCCGCCGCGCCGGAAACGGACCACCCCAAGGAAACGAAAGGUUCCCCGGGUAUACCGCCCCGAUGAAGGCUCUAUAUACGACAUAAUGCACGACAAUUCUGGCAAAUCGCUCUACGUUCUUCCCAUUUGCUGGACAGAUCUCCAUGCCACGCUCCUUGGCGCAUCGUUCACCGAAGGUGCCCCUAUUGUCACGCCGGUACCGGAAUCUAUUCAUGGGCAAUGGCUCGAUCCUUCGCUCCUUGCGCGCCAGCUCACCGACCAACUUCACACCCUUAUCAGGAACGAACCGUCCAUGACACGAGUAUUUUGCAAGAACAUGGCCAUGAAGAACGCAAUGGGCAUCUUUUUCCCGGAUAGGCUAGCAAACCCCAAGAUGAACGCCGAGCUUGACAUUUACUUUGGCCAGCGCGUCUUCCGGAAGGCGGUGCGCAUUCCGUGCCUGUGGAAGACACCCAUCGGCAGUUCAUUCGCAACAAUACCCACGGUCCCGAACGACUCCUUUUACGUACCCAACAGCCCGCAGGAGCCGCAGCCUGGAAUACCCCAGCAGACACCCAACAUGCCGAUUCUAGCCUACUUCAACAAGUCGCAACUUGCUUUGAUACGACAAAACCUGUUCAGGAUUAUUCAAACGCCCUUCAACCCCAAUGACGCUGUCGCCGGUCUACAAGCAUUGCGCUCGAAACAUUUGAUACCUGCCGACGUCGAUCAGGAUCCGUAUCUUGUCGCGAUGAUGGUCUCCAUGGCGCAAUCGAAUUACUACCAGGAUGCUUUGUACUCGCAAAAAUCCGACUCCCAACAGUCCACGCGCUCCAGCAACGGCAAACUCUUCGAGCUUACAGAACCAAAGUUCGAGGAUACCAAGGUUGCAAUCAUUGCCCACGACGAGGGCAUCGAGAACAACCCCCGGUUUCUUGUCUACACGGCGACGGUGACGGCAGAUUACAUGGAGCGGUGGCUGUACCCGCUCAAGGUACCCCAAUCGUCCAAGAAAGCGAAGAAGCAAAUCAGUCUCGACAUAACCAUGACGCCCGUCCCCUUCUGGCCCAUUCUCGGUUUGAAAGAGCGCCUAGCUAGGGCGCUGGGUAAGGACAUUGUCGGUCCGGACGUGUAUUCCGACCUCUAUCCCGAUCACAUCGGCUUCUGGGACCUUCUCGUGGAGCCACGCAAACCCGCCACCAACAACAGCACACCACCGAGGAACGAAUCCAACUCGAGGAAACGACGUGCUGAUAGGCAAGGAGGAAGGGACCAACGGGAACCCUUGUCCGAGGUUUAUAACAGCAGCUUCGAGGAGGAGGCGCCCGAGAGCGACGCCACUACGAGCCCUACGAGAUCUGAGGCGGACCGAACAGACCGAGCAGAUCGUGAUCGGCCCGUACUAAGUCCGAAUACUAAGAGGAGGAGGACGGCGAGGUCUAUCAGUGCUGUGGAGGUCCGUUAGUUGCUGACUCACAGUCGGUCGAUCGACCGAUGGUUCGUGAGGUGAGAUCAUGAUCAUGAGGCUCCUUUCUUCUCUAUGCUAUCUACGCACACAUUGUAUUUGUUAUGAGUCAUGUUCUAUUGUCGUCUGGGUAUCAUGUAUGUUUGUCGUGUUGUCUCCGUGUCACUGGAAGUGCAUGGGUUUCAAGAGAGGCUAAACGGGAUGCGCGGGAUGGAAGGCAUAGAAAGAGGAGGGAACCACGAACGGGCAUGCUUUGCGUUACGAGGAUGGCGUCUCAGAUGGGAAGCUUGGGAAACAUGGAAACGAUACCCCCUUUGCAAAUCCAACUUGUGGCUCGUUUAAUCAAUUCGGAUAUGGUAUAUUGAAGUUGGUGUUAAGAGUACUGGUGUCCCGCUGAUUAUAGUGUUGGUGUCAAGUGGAAUGG